GGCUCCAGCCGGUCCCUCCUUCACUCGCGUUUAAGCAACCGGUCUCUCCGCUUUAGUUUCAUUCCAUUGAAGUCUCGGUGUCGUUUGGUUUCAUCUCGUCGUCUCUCGGCAUCCCUCUCACGGCAUGAGCAGACUCACAAAGCUCGGCUUCGCUCUCGCACUCGUCUUCUCUAUCUCUCUUCUCGGGCUGGCCGCCGAGCUCCUCUACCUCCUCCAUUGCCGUCGUCGAAGGCGGCGAAGCGGCCAGCCUGAGCUCGGCGACGGAGUCGGAGUCCCCCGCCACGGCCCGCACCCAAGGGAGCUCCUGCACCACGUCCUCUUCUUCAAGCACCGUUCCCGCGUCGAGCCCGCCUGCGCCACCCCGCGGCCGCACGCGGACCCGCCGAAGCCCGCGACCGAGGAGGCGGAGGAAGAGUGCGACCUGGCCCGGUGGCGCGCCAUGUGCCUGGGGCCCUCGAGGGCCCUGUACACCAUCAACGAGGACGGCGAGGAGGAGGAGGAGGUGGUGGAAGAGGAGACGCCGUGCGCGUCCCCGGUGUUCUACACCCCGUCCUCGUCUCCGCCUCAGGGGGCGACCGAGGACGGAGGCGACGCGGGAGGUCCCUCGCCGGCCAUGCGGCCGAGCGGACGUCAGUGUGUAGUAGUGCUGCGUAGGUGA